AUGGCACACAGCGCCUAUCGAAUCGUGCCCCUGGUGGUGGUGGCGCCCGCCGGCCUCGAGCCCGGCCAAGAUGGCAACGCCGCCGCACCGCAUCCUGAGAGCCUUCAGCAAGUAAAGGACAACCAGGACCAGUGCUAUUACUAUCGGGUCCAGGGAGAGCAGCACCGGCGGCGCCUCGUCGACGCCCUCGUCGCGCUGCACGUCGCCUGCAUCCAGUUCGACGGCGCCCUGAUGCGCUUCCACCCGCCCUUUGGCGCCGCCCAGUGGCAGCGCAUGCGGCUCUUUUGGGACGAGCGCGUCGCCCAGGCCGAGGCCGGGCGCAGGGUCGUCCUGCUCGCCCUGCCAGCUGCCGCUUCCGUGCCUGCGCCUGUGCCUGUGCCUGGCGCUGGUGCUGACGUGAAUGCUGGGGGUGGCGGUGUUGGUGGUGUUGGACUUGGCGCUGGUGAUGGUGCUUCAGAGCAUCAGGGCAGCGGUAACCAUGACGCCAAUGACAACGACGUAAACGCAGGCAUAGACAUCGCAGGCGUCGUCGAGCUCGCCACCCCAGACACCGACACGGGCCCCUUCCGCGCCGACGUCGAGAUGCUCAUGGUCUCGCCGAACCACCGCCGCGCCGGCCUGGGCAAGCGGCUCAUGGCCGCGGUCGAGGACGCCGGCCGCCAGCGAGGCAGGACCCUGCUCCAACUCUCCACCACGGCAGGAUCCGUCGCCGAGGAGCGCCUCUACCCUGCCCUGGGGUACACCAAGCUCGGCACCGUGCCCAACUACGGCAUCUCGCCCGUGGACGGACAGCUCGUGGACGGGGUGUACUUUUACAAGGACCUGAGCCGGCCCCCAACAGGCGUGUAA